AUGGACCUCCCCCAAAUCUCAUCCCGUCUUUCCUCCAGUCCCACUGCAUUCCCCAACUGCUGUUUAGCUCUCUCCAGCCCCCUCGUCAACCGUUUGGCGUCGCUUCUCCCCACCACCCCACACUUUACCCUCUCCAUUGGCAGCGGCGCCGGCCUUCUAGAAGCUCUGCUCGCAUAUCGGCAUCCCAAUGUCCUCAUUAAAGGGGUGGAGGUCAACUCCUCCGUGAACCUCUACAUCGCCGAGCAGGAUAUGUAUGUGGUUAGCGGGACAUGGGAUCUUCUUCCACGUGCUUCUGACGCCAUAGCGUGGAUGUUUGUCUAUCCCCGUGAACCGAAGCUCGUCACCAAAUACAUUGAGUUAUACGGACUGGGGACUAAAUUGAUCCUGUGGCUUGGGCCAAGAGCCGACUGGGCUGAUUACGAGGCUUGUUUUCGGGACUCGCCAUUUUCGCAGCUGAGCUUUGAGGAUGUGGGAUUGGCCGAGUACGAGAUGCUGGUUGUUGCCAGCAAGCGCUUUAGAGCGGCUGAGGUCUUUCUGGCCGUGGUAGAAGAUUUUAUGUUCGCUUUGCUGACCAUGCCCGAAUCCCUUGGGUUUGCUAUUGCGGCCUUGGCUAAUGCCUGCGCUUUAUCCCCACGUUCAAGUCGCGAUGGAUGUCGGCCUGAAAUUGAGCAAGGCAACCACUAUCCUUAUUUCACCUAUGUGGCUUGGAUAGGCAGGUCCGGUGAAGCGGGUUUGAAUUGCGCUAAGGAUACGGCAAGCCAGUCUACUAAGCUCCAACGCUCCGGAAGGAGGUCUGAGACAGGCCUACCUAUAUCCCCAGAGAGGGGUUUCUCAACAGAUUUGCUCACAGCCAAUUUUGAAGACGGGAUUCUCACCCUCUCUGACGGCCCGUUCCAGGGCACUUAG